AUGGAAAUCGACAAACAAGAAAACAAGAUGGACGAAGGUCUCUACUCCAGACAGUUGUAUGUAUUGGGCAAGGACGCCAUGCUCAAGAUGCAAAACUCGAAUGUGUUGAUCAUUGGGUUGAAGGGGUUGGGAAUGGAAAUCGCCAAGAACGUGGCGCUCGCGGGGGUCAAGUCGUUAUCACUCUAUGACCCGACGCCAGUUGCGCUUUCUGAUUUAUCGUCGCAGUUUUUUCUCUCGCCUGAAGACGUGGGCAAGCCUAGAGCUCUCACCUCCUCGGUGAAGCUCAGCGAGUUAAAUCAAUACGUACCAAUUAGCGUCAUCUCAGAAUUGAGCGAACUGACGUUGGCAACCUUCCAGGUGGUGGUCGCCACUGAAACCAGUUUAGAGCAGCAGGUCCAAAUCAACACGCUCACCCACGCCAGAAACAUUAAGUUCAUUGCCGCCGACGUGCGCGGGUUGUUCGCACAGGCGUUCGUGGAUCUCGGGCCAGACUUCACCGUGAUUGAUUCCACAGGUGAAGAGCCAGUACAAGGGAUCAUCUCCGAUAUUGAAACCGACGGAACCAUCACCAUGCUUGAUGACAACCGUCACGGGAUGGAAUCCGGUGACUAUGUCAGGUUUACCGAAGUUGAGGGUAUGGAAGCCUUGAACGAUGGUACGCCAUACAAGAUCCAGAAUCUCGGCCCAUAUGCCUUCAAGGUGGAACUUCCGGCAAACGCCGGGUCCUACGCCAAGGGCGGUAUCUUCACCCAGGUCAAGAUGCCGCAGCAGGUGUCAUUUCAACCGCUUUUGCAGCAGUUGCAAGCGCCGGAGUACGUCUACUCGGACUUUGCCAAGUUUGAUCGCCCACCCCAGUACCACGUGGGUUUCCAGGCGUUACACGCGUUCCAAACCAGACACAGCCAGUUGCCGAGACCUCACCAUGCAGAGGACGCGGCCGAGUUGGUCAGGCUCGCGAAAGAGAUCGCUGUUCAGGUGCCAGCUAUCCUAGGUGAAGCCGCCGUGAACGAAAAACUCAUCACCGAGUUGGCGUACCAGGCCAGAGGAGAUAUCCCGGGGAUGGUGGCGGUCUAUGGGGGUUUAUUGGCCCAGGAGGUCUUGAAGGCGUGUUCCGGCAAAUUCAACCCGGUCAAGCAGUGGUUGUACUUUGACUCACUCGAGUCAUUGCCGGAUGCUGAAAAGUAUCCGAGAUCCGAAGAGACGUGCAAGCCGACCGGAUCCCGCUACGACAACCAGGUCGCGGUGUUUGGUGCAGCUUACCAGAAGGCGAUUGCGGAUGUACGGGUAUUCUUGGUCGGUUCUGGUGCCAUUGGGUGCGAGAUGUUAAAGAACUGGGCCAUGAUGGGCCUCGGGUCUGGAGAACACGGCAAGAUCAUUGUCACCGACAUGGACUCUAUUGAGAAGUCCAACUUGAACAGACAGUUUUUGUUUAGACCAAAAGACGUGGGCAAGAACAAAUCGGAGGUGGCUGCGGCUGCGGUUUCGCAGAUGAACCCAGACUUGGCUGGCAAGAUCCAGGCAAGCUUGGAGAAGGUGGGUGCCGACACCGAGCACAUUUUUGACGAUGCGUUCUGGAACGGGAUCGACUUUGUCACCAAUGCGUUGGACAAUGUCGAAGCCCGGACCUAUGUUGACCGUCGCUGUGUGUUCUACAAGAAGGCGCUUCUCGAAUCCGGAACCUUGGGGACCAAGGGUAACACCCAGGUGGUUAUCCCUGACGUUACUGAGAGUUACUCGUCCUCCCAGGACCCCCCAGAGAAGUCCAUUCCGUUGUGCACCUUGAGAUCGUUCCCAAACAAAAUCGACCACACCAUCGCGUGGGCCAAGUCAUUGUUCCAAGGCUACUUUGCAGACGCGCCAGAGAACGUGAACUUGUACCUCACCCAGCCAGAUUUUGUGGAGUCCACGUUAAAGUCCAGCGGCGACGUCAAGGGCGUGUUGGAGACAGUAUCGACCUACUUGAACGAGCGUCCGUACGCGUUCGACGACUGUAUCAAAUGGGCCAGAUUGCAGUUCGAGGAGAAGUUCAACCAUGAGAUUCACCAGUUAUUGUACAACUUCCCUAAGGAUGCCACCACCUCCGCUGGCGCGCCGUUCUGGUCCGGUCCCAAGAGAGCGCCGGAAGCGUUACAGUUUGAUAUCAACAACGAGGACCAUUACCACUUUGUCGUGGCUGGGGCGAACUUACUUGCUUUCAUAUACGGGUUGAAGGGCGAUGCCAUGCCUGAAACCUACAAAAGGGUGAUUGCUGAGGUUGAGGCCACCUUGGAACCAUUCACUCCGAAGUCCGGGGUCAAGAUCCAGGCGAAUGACAACGACCCAGAUCCAAACGCUGAUGUCAGCGCCGACGAUGACGUGGUGAGAAAGUUGGCGGGUUCGUUACCGGCAUCUGCCAGCCUCGCGGGCUACCGCUUGACCCCGGUAGAGUUCGAAAAAGACGACGACACCAAUCACCACAUCGAGUUCAUCGCCGCAGCGUCAAACUGCCGUGCCUUGAACUACGCGAUCGAGACGGCAGAUCGCCAGAAGACCAAGUUCAUUGCCGGGAGAAUCAUUCCGGCGAUCGCCACCACUACUUCGUUGGUCACAGGCUUGAUUUGUCUCGAGUUGUACAAGGUUGUCGCCGGCAAGACCGACGUCGAGCAGUACAAGAACGGGUUCAUCAACCUCGCGUUGCCAUUCUUUGGCUUCUCCGAGCCGAUUGCGUCCCAGAAGAGCAAGUACAACGACAAGGAGUUCGACAAGAUUUGGUCGCGUUUCGAGUUAGAGGGUAACUUGACAUUGAGGCAGAUCAUAGAUCACUUCGAACAGAAGGAGGGCUUAGAGAUCACCAUGCUCUCGUACGAUGUGUCGUUGUUGUACGCGUCCUUCUUCCCACCAAAGAAGUUGAAGGACAGAUAUGACUUGAAGAUCACCGAUUUGAUCAAGGAGGUGUCCAAGAAGGAUGUUGAGCCUCAUGUAAAGAAUAUCAUCUUGGAGGUGUGUGUUGAUGACAAGGAGGGCGAAGAUGUCGAGGUUCCGUUUGUGUGUAUCAAGUUGUAG